AUGCCAAAGGUUCAAUCAGAGAGAUUAUUCUGCCUAAGGGGCUUGAUCUGGACCGUCCCAAGCGGACCCGCACCUCCUUCACGGCCGAGCAGCUUUACCGUCUGGAGAUGGAGUUACAGAGCUGCCA